AUGUCAGCUGCCCAAUUUAUGAUCCCAGGUUUAGAUGCUUCUGCUUCAGAGAAACAAAACGAUUCUAACAAAUCAAGAUUUCAAUUAUUUAGAGAAUCUCCAGCUUGGACGGUGUUAGUAAAUGUUGCCCUUUUCGGUGCUGGUGUUGCUUUUAUUCAAAGUCCAUUAAUGGAUAUGAUGGCUCCACAGUUGUAG